CAACUAACCGCCUGGUCCCACUCCAUUUUCUCCUUUUCUAACUUCCUUUUCCAGUCCUCGUUCAAGUUUUGUAUUUCACCAUUGAAUUUUUCGGCCUGCGCCUCCAGCUCAGCAUUUCUCUCAUGCAGUCUAGUGUUGUCCUUGAUAACAUUGGUUUGCAGCUCGCUCAGCUCGUCGUAUCUGGUCUUAAUCUCUUCAACCGCGGCUUGAGCUUGUGCCGCCUCGGCCUGAUGCCGCUUCGCGUUUUCCACCGCAUCCAAGUACGCUAUGACACCAUCAGCGUUUUCAAUGUCGACAGCGCGUGCCAGGGGUCUCAGCUGAGUGAGUUCAUUGUUGAGCAAAUCUCGUGAAACAAUUGCAUUUUGGAGUUGUUCGGCAAGCUCUGAGCUUUUUUCCGUUGCAGUCUCCAAAUUCAGGGCCAGUGACGAGCUUUUCUCUCUUGCUUCUCGUAGUUCAUCAGACAGUCGAGUACAUUUUGCUUCCAGCUCUUCGCGAGUCCGAGCUAAUUCCGCCUCUUUGUUCAGCAAGUGUGAUGACAGCUCUUUUACCUUAUCUCCAAGGUAUUCCUGUUCACAGCCCAUCUUCCGCAACAUGUUCAACUCUUCGUCCAUAGCUUUCAGUCGAGCUUCUAGCUCUUCGCAACGACUCUGGACCACCUUGCUCUCAGCUUCGCUCUUUUGCAACAAUUCGGUUUUAUUCUGCAUUUCCGUUCGUUGCUGAUCAAUUAUUACGUCCUUUGCUGUGGAGAUUUUUGCCAAAUCGACGAAGUUCUGUUCAAGUGGAGACAGUUUCCGGUCAGUUUGUAGCAAAUAUUGCUCUCGCUCCUUUAUAAACAUCCAUUGAGAAGAGGCUUGACUGAAGCUGGUCACAAAGAGAAUUCACUUCCUCUAAAGGCAUACCUGAAUUGUUUUCAAUGUAUCGAGUGCUUCAGGCUCCUCGCUCGUCUCUUCUUUCAGAGGUGAUGCUCUCGGUGAAAAUUUCUUGGUUCGAUGGGGAAGUUCAAAAACUGUACUCCCGAGAAUCUUUUGUACGGCAUUGACCGAGCGCUCGAAUUGUUUUGAUGCGUUUUCGUAA